GGGGGGCGUGUAGGCAACCGGGAUCAGCCAGGGGCCAGCAUGAGCCGGAGGGAGGGAAGUCUGGAAGAUCCACAGGCUGACUCCUCAGUCUCACCCCUUCCCCACUUGGAGGCCAAGAUCCGUCAGACACACAGCCUUGCCCGCCUCCUCACCAAAUAUGCUGAGCAGCUGCUCCAGGAAUAUGUGCAGCACCAGGGAGACCCCUUCGGGCUUCCGGGCUUCUCGCCCCCGCGGCUGCCGGUGGCCGGCCUGAGCGCCCCGGCAGCGGGCCACGCGGGCCUGCCUGCCCCCGAGCGGCUGCGGCUGGACGCGGCGGCGCUCACCGCGCUGCCGCCGCUGCUCGACGUGGUGCGGCGCCACCAGGCCGAGCUGAACCCGCGCGCGCCGCGCCUGCUGCGGCGCCUGGAGGACGCGGCGCGCCAGGCCCGGGCCCUGGGCGCCGCGGUGGAGGCCGUGCUGGCCGCGCUGGGCGCCGAGACCCGCGGGCCCCCGGCCGAGCCCGCCGCCGCCGCUUCUGCCGCCGCCACCGCCGCGGGCGUCUUCCCUGCCAAGGUGCUGGGGCUCCGCGUGUGCGGCCUCUACCGCGAGUGGGUGAGCCGAACCGAGGGCGACCUGGGCCAGCUGGUGCCCGGGGGCCCGGCCUGAGCGCGGGGCGCGGGGCUGCAGCUCGCUCGGCGUCCGUCUUCGUCUCUCAGUCGGUGCCUCGGGAGCUCCGACCGUCUCCGUCUCUCUCUCUGCCUCUGUCGUCUCUCUUUGCUUUGUAUGCUCUCCGUGCCUCCCUGUCGGACCUCCGUGUGUUCGUGACUUCCCGUGUCCAUCCUUUCUUGCUUUGCCCCGCUUCUUCUCCACCGCUUGGGCCUGCCUCCGUCUCUCUUCGGUCUCCCCCUUCACCCAUCUCUGGGGGGCCUCUUUGUCUCCCCCUUUCUCCAUCUCUUGGCUCUCCUUGGCCCCAUGUGAGCAUGUGUACCUCUCAGCCUCAUCUCAAGGAGGGGACACCUCAUCAACUCUGGCCUUCCCUGGCCAGGGAGGUGCCUGCUAGCCCGGGUGGGAGGGCUACUGCAGACAGAUUGCAGCCACCUCCCCACAGUGUCACUCCCCCUGCUGCGCUCUCCCUCCCCCAUCCCCGGCCCUUUGGGUGGGCCCUGCUUGCUUCUCCCUUGGAUGUCCUUCCCCUCCUUCACCUCCUCUGCUCUGUCCCUGCACCUCCCCUCCCCCCAAGCCAGGUCUAUGGAGAGAAAAGAUCAACAACACCUUAAAAGAGUUUAUUUCUGAGAAUAAAUUAACUUUUUUGU